AUGGUCAAGAGAUACGAGCAGCUCAAGGCUGUCUCCUUGGAUGAAACCAAGCAUGAGCCAAGGCGAGCGCCGAACAGGAUCACUUCUCAUCGUCUUGGCGUCGCAUUCAUUGUUAUUCUUGUACUGGCUUCGCUGACCGCUAUCCAGGUCAGACCCCCUACUUCACGCUCCGAAUUAGUUUUCGGGGAGUCCGAGGCACAUGUGGAUAGCCCCAGCUACGAUGAGGACAUUAAGAUUUGUGCAUCCAAUAUUCCACUUCCUGCUCGCCCGCCGGCUCCGAUUAAUCCAUGGGCUUCUCUAACCAUUGAUGAGACGGUGGAAAUCCAAAAUUGGCUCCUAAGUCCCGAGAUCAACCUAAACCUCACGCGAGGAGAUGCGGCUCGGCCGUCUGAUAACUCAAUCUACAUGAUACAGACAUACUAUCCUCCCAAGACUGACGUUCUCAAGUACUUUUCAACUUUGGAUCCUCAUGAUGCACCUUCAAGGUUCGCUCGGGUCACGAUUCACCAUGGUGCGGCCAUGGAACCUGUGAUUAGAGAUUACCUCGUCGGGCCACUCCCUGUCACGCCGACUACAGAGAUGACGCAUUUGACGGAAAUUUAUCAUACCGAAACUCUUCCCUAUAACGCACGAGGAUAUGAUGCCCUUGACUGGAAUCUGCCAGAAAUUCAUACCAAGAUAGCAGCUCCGUUGAUGGAUGCGUACAAGGCCAGUUUUUUUUAUCGUCUGCCUUACUUGGUCUUCCUUAUACGCUCUCAGGAACUUCUGGGGGGUUUACCAAACGAUACUAUUGUUGCUGGAGGCAGUGGGCCAUUCGGUUUCGACGGUUCGUUUAGGCGCUUCUGGUUAAACUGGCAAAGAGACACGCCUGGAUUUUGGCUGCACCCACUGAAUCUUUGGCAAUAUAUCGACGUCAGCGGUACCGAUCCUUCAAAAUGGGACCAGCUGAAGAUCGUUUACAAUCACCAAGUAUUCGAUACAGCAGAAUCAUUCAUGGAUGCGUUCCAUAAUGGUACACUCAAACGCGUGCCUCCAGUGACGGAGCAAGAAGAGGACCUCUCUUGGAGUACACGAGAACGUAUCGGUCCCUUACGUGACCUCGAUAAUCUUCCCGGACCUCGUUCCGUAUCUUUUGCUGGGUUGCGGUUUAGGAUUGAUUAUGAUCUGCAAUACGUCAGUUGGAUGGGCUGGGGACUCUAUCUAGGUUUUGAUCGCGACAUGGGAUUAAACUUGUGGGAUAUUCGCUUCCGAGAUGAGCGAAUUAUAUACGAGCUCAAGCCUCAAGAGGCAUUGGCACAAUACACCGGAAAUGAUCCUUACAAGUCGAGCACCGCCCUACUGGACUCGUACUUUGGCAUGGGGCAAUCGGUCCGCGACCUUCUUCCAGGUUACGAUUGUCCAGAUGAGGCGAUUUAUCUUCCAGCUACAACUUUUUCCGCGACAGAGAUGAUGACCAGGAAGCGGGCUAUAUGUAUCUUUGAGCAGGACAGCGGACGUCCUAUAUCAAGACAUCUUGGUUUUGAGCGCAGUGAAUUUGGUGCGGUGAAGGGAUAUCAACUGGUCAUUAGGAGCAUCGCCACCGUUGGAAAUGAUCCUAUAUAUGAUCGAGCUUUUCCCAAGUUUGAAUAUAUUUUCCAUAUCGACGGAACUAUCGAGGUUCGCGUAUCGGCAUCUGGAUACCUGUUAUCAGGUUUCUGGGAUGACGAGCAAGGAGCCUACGGGAGUAAAAUCUGGAACACCACUUUGGGAAGCCUCCACGACCAUGUCAUCAACUUCAAGGUCGACCUUGACGUAGGAGGAACACAAAAUUCGCUGUUAAAAACAACUCUCAGCCAGGAAGUCACCAACCAACCAUGGUUCGAUGAUGACUGGGGUGAGGAGGUGAUCCAACAAAGGAUCACCCGUGAAUACAUCGAUAACGAGGACGAAGCCCUGCUGAAAUUUCCCACCAACUUCCAAGGAGGCUAUACUAUUGUGAAUACUAACGAAACCAACAAAUGGGGAAUUCCUAGAGGAUACGCAAUCCAUCCUGGUUACUCGCCGGUUUAUAAUACCGUCGUAGGAUCAAAACGCCUGCUCAAGAAUGCCAACUGGGCGCGUUAUAACUUGGCGGUGUCCCGUCGCAAGGACAACGAGCCGUCUUCCAGCAGCAUGUGGAAUUUCAACCUUCCAGGCGCUCCCCCUAUCGACUUCCACAAAUUCUUUGACGGUGAAAACAUCACUCAAGAGGAUUUGGUGAGCUGGAUCAACGUCGGGAUGCACCACCUCCCUCCCAAGAAGCCAGGAGACCCAUUUUCAUAUAACGAUUACAAUGUUCGUCCAGCACACUGCGUCCCACAACCCCCUGCAGCGUUCGAGUACUAUCCGGAGCAGGUGUAUGACUUGGACGGGAAACCCGCGCCUCCCUCGACAGUUGAAGAGAUGAGGAAGGCUUCGGAGCUCUACCUGCGUAUCAAAUUUGAGCUUUAACCAAGGGUGCUUUAUAAGGGAUGGGUAGCUUUCGUGCUGUAGUACUGGAUUUUACUCUGCUGCAGAUUUCGCCGUCGGUGCGGUAAUACAAUCGAGAAAAACAUUCUCGCAGUGAUUUUGCCACCUCCCAGUCGAUGUGAUGUUUCCACUCUUCAUUGGUUCGUGCUGUAUUGUUAUCAUCCAUCGCAUACAUUAUACUAUCGAUAAGAGGCUGUCAUAUCCCUGGAAUUACAUGUUGUCUGGAUAUCCACUACAUGUAGGCUAACUACAAAACUUAUGUCUUCCGUUGGAUGCAAUGUCACUGGCAGCCCUCGAUCACAAAGUGUCUGUGUCUCCCGGACGGAUGAGAGACUGCGAAACUGCAGUCGCGUUGCAUAACUGAAGCCUCGAUGAGUACGAGCAAGUGACUUGUCUCAAGUGGAAGAGAAGAUAGCGCCAUCUGAACUGACGCUUGUUGAUAGCUGAG